AGGAAAGGGUUAAAGAGGGGGUUCUUCUUCUCAUGCUUCUUGCUCUCGUCUUUUUGUUCAGACUCCAGUAGCGACACGAACUCACUGACAUCUGCUCAACGGAUCUGUCUUGCGACUUGACACAAAAGAGAGCAGCAGUCAUGGGGAAAGGAUGCAUAGCCGCCACCAAGUACUUCCUGUUCUUGUUCAACCUCCUCUUCUUUAUUUUUGGAGCUGUAAUCAUGGGCUUUGGACUAUGGGUCAUGCUGGAUAACCAGAGUUUCAUCAUGGUUUUGCACGAGUCCUCCACAACGCUGAAAGUUGGCGCCUACAUCUUGAUUGGGAUUGGAUCUCUGUCCAUGGUCAUGGGUUUCCUGGGCUGCAUUGGUGCCAUUUAUGAGAUCCGAUGCCUUCUUGGACUGUACUUCACCUGUCUCCUCCUGAUCCUCAUCGCACAGGUGACAGCCGCUGUCCUCAUCUACUUCCAGCGAGACCUGCUGAGACAAGAGAUGUCCACUAUUGUGAACAAAAUUAUGGUGAACUACACCGGUCAAAACAAGACAUCCGAGCAUGCCUGGGAUUAUCUCCAGAGAACGAUGAAGUGCUGUGGUUGGACUGGACCAUCUAACUGGACGGAGAACGUGUCGAUGAAGAGUCAGAACAAUUCUCAGAAUCUGUAUCCGUGUUCCUGCAGAAAUGAAUCCAUCAGUGGCACGGAUAUGAAAGAAACAGGCCUGUGUCCGCAUUUGUCCUCUGAGUGGCCUGUCUUCACUACGGGUUGUGUAUCUAGUGUGGAGGACUGGCUCCUGAGGAACUGUGGAGUUAUUCUGGGAGUCUGUGUCGGAAUAGCAGUGAUUGAGCUUUUAGGGAUGAUCCUGUCCAUGUGCCUGUGCAAGAGCGUCCAACAGGAGGAUUACACCAAAGUACCUAAAUACUGAGAGCAAACCCCCCUUCAGUGACAGUGUUACAGACUCUGCACACCAGCAGAACAACUGGAACAAAGCAGGCCAGACGCCAUCUGGUCACACACACAUACACUCUUUUCACUUUAUUAGCCCCUUUAAACAUUGAAACAUCACGCUGUUUAGGAUCAACGUUUUUGAUGAGGAUUGUUGUAUCUUUUUCUUUUCAAGAAACUAGUGAUAUAUAGCUGGAUCUUUUUCUUGUUAGUGCUCUGCAAGGUCUAAACAGCUUUAUAUUUGGUAUCUCACUCUUGCAUAGCUAUACUGUUGCGUUUAUGGUUGUCAUCGUUAGUUGAAUGUGAGAGCACUUUAGUGAAUAGAGAGUUU